AGUGACGACAUUAGAGCGCGUCGCCGCACAUCAGCUGCCGGCGCCAUGAACAGCGUCGGGGAGGCUUGCACUGACAUGAAGCGCGAGUACGACCAAUGCUUCAACCGCUGGUUUGCUGAGAAGUUCCUCAAAGGGGACGGCUCCGGGGACCCGUGCACCGACCUCUUCAAACGCUACCAGCAGUGCGUCCAGAAAGCAAUAAAGGAGAAAGAGAUUCCUAUUGAAGGACUGGAGUUCAUGGGCCAUGGCAAAGAAAAGCCUGAAAACUCCUCUUGACCUGCCUGUCACUUGGAAGAAGUGAGUAAAUUGAGAGGCCUCUGGAUUUUGUCAGCUAAGGCUGUGAAGAUGGGAUUUGAAGAGUUUCCCCAUCUUGGUGGUCUCCUCUCACUUCUGAACGAGCAGCUGUCAGUCUCGCUUUGAGGCAACUUUGCUUUCGCUGGCAUCUGGAAGUAAUUCCACGUGCUACAAUGGAACAGCUUCUUGGGGUUAUGGUUGCAAAACAUGGUCUGGAAUCAGCUUUACCUAGCUCUUGGGUGUGAAUAAUGAUGAACUGGUCAUGAUCAAGGUUGCUGACUUUCGCUGCCGAGGACAAUAGAUACACUGCCUGGGAGUCAUUUUUUGUGACAGUUGGUCAGGACCUCUUUUUUCCUCUCAGGGAGCUAAUGCUCUGAAAGGGAUCCGGACACAGCCGUUUCAAUCAGUGCAUGGGAACAUGAUUGUAUUUUUAUAGGAACAGUUACAACCGCUUGUGGCCUGGGUUAUCAAGGCAGAAAGCAGCUUUCCUCAGCUCCCGCCUUAACAAGGUGUUGGAUUAACAUUUAAAAGCUUCAGAAGCGACAUAGCACCACUUUGGAGCUCACAGCGCCUGGAAGUGGCUGUUCAAGAAUCACCUGCAUUACAGCUUUGCUGCUGCCAACUUUUAACUCCACAAACUAAGAUGAAUUUGCAUAUCAUAUAAAAGGCAAAGUGUAUCCAGCUGAGUGGGGGAAAGGUGCUUCCUUACUGUUGUUUGCCCAUCAUGCCCUAAGUCUGUAAUCAUGACAUGGAAUAAAUCUUGAUUCUACUCUU